ACUUCAAUCCUCACGUGGUUCACUUCGCUUCGUUCAUUUCAUGAUUUUUGAAGAUCUUUUCUCACUUUUCUGCGUAGUGUUUUGCAACCAAAAAAUGAAGUAAUAUUCGUAAUUUGAGUUGAAUUCGUUGUUAUACAUAUUUUUGUCCUCAAGUUGUCACGAGGAUCAAAUCAGAAUACUGAAGUGAAAUGCGCGAAUGUGGCUAAACUAUAUUCAAUUCUUUCCUGAUACCGAAACAUGAAUACAGACGAGAAUCAUCGACACAUUUGCGUCGAAUUGGCGAAAUUGAGCAAGGAUUUUCCUGAUAUGCUAAAGUUUUCAUUGGAGUAUUUCAAUAAACAUGGAGCUCCUUGGGGAUUGAUCGAAGAACACUUACCUACACCUCCUAAACGCAGUAAAAUGAUCAAUACUAAUACGAUGGAUGAGAUAUUAGAGGCUGUGUUAAUUUACUUGCAAAUAUGUUCCUGUCAUUUUCGGAAAUCAUGGGAUUGGUCGCAAUUCAUAAAUCAGUACAAGGAUAUUGAUGAAAAAUAUGCCAAAUGGUUAUUUUGUCAAAUUGUGUCCAUUGUAACUCGUAUGUGUGAGGUAAAAAAAGAACGUAUGCUUUCAACGGUGCUUCAUUCAAAUGAAGAUUCUGUAUCAACUAGUUUGCUGUACUUUAGUAAAGAAAUCAAGGACAUUUUGUCCUCAUCUGAUUUCAUUUGUGGAACCGAUCCUAAAAAACUACUCAGCAUUUCUCAAAGCAUAUCUUCUACAAUAUCGGUUGGUGGUGUUGAACUGUCCAUCGUCGGGAAACCAGAAAAAGAGUCCGAUUUAGUGUUGGUAAAUUCAACUCUGAAUAAUUUGAGUGGAUUGGCACUUGCAGUAGCUACCGGAAAACCAGUGUGUUUAUGUGGACCAGUCGGCUGUGGAAAAACUGCUCUAGUUCAACAUUUGGCAUUAAUUACUGGUCAUACAGCAACUAAUAGACUAUAUCAAGUACAGCUUGGCGAAGAAAUGGACUCAAAAUUAUUAUUAGGGUCUUACAAAUGCACUGAUGUUCCUGGAGAGUUCAUUUGGCAACCUGGAGUGCUAACGAAAGCUGUUAUUGGUGGAGAUUGGCUGUUAUUUGAAGAUAUUGAUGCUGCUACAAGCGAUGUGGUGACAUUACUAGUUUCACUUAUAGAGAGAAAUUCAUUAAGUGUUCCUGGAUAUCGAGAUAAUAUCACACCAGCCCCUGGAUUUCAAAUGUUUUUCACUCAACGAUUCAUUAGCAGCAUUAGCGGGUAUUUUCAACAAAAUUCAUCCACUACAGAAAUUCUACGAAGACAUUGGAUGCAACUUAAUGUCGAGCCGUUAACUCAAGAAGAAUUGAUCCAAUUGAUAGAGAUAAAAUUUCCUGUUUUGAAAACUAUUGCAUCUCGAAUGGUAAAUGUGUUUCUACUUUUUUCGGUCGGUUAUCACAUGAAAGGAGAUAAGCAAACGGUCGAUGUUAAUAUUCCGAAAGGGCGAUUAACUUCUACAAGAGAUCUUUUGAAGUGGUGCUCUCGUUCCAUUAUUGGUUACAACGUUACAUCUCAGGAAUCCGCUCUAAAUGUCAUUCAUAAUGCUAUUGAUAUAUUCUGUUGCAACGUACCAGACAAAGAGGAAAGACUGAAACUUGCUACUGCCAUUACAACAUGUCUUGGAGUAGUAAAAACGGAAGCAGAACGUUAUUGUAAUGAAAGCAAACCUUUCAUCAAUAUGGAUGGUGAACGUUGUAUUGCUGGAAGAGCUUCACUAGAAAGAAAUAUCAAAUUAACCAGCGCUCCAGCUAGUUUAGACUUGAAUAGCAAAUCAUAUUUCGCUAUGACUCGACCAUCGUGCUGUUUGAUGGAAAAAUUAGCUUGUUGUUUGGUUCGAAGUGAGCCUAUUCUUCUGGUUGGCGAAACUGGUACUGGUAAAACAUCAACUUUACAACUACUGGCUAAACAUACUGGAAAUACCCUUGUUGUUUUGAAUAUGAAUCAACAAAGCGAUUCCACCGAUUUGCUAGGAGGGUAUAAACCUGUCGACGUUAAGUUUAUAAUUGGAAAUUUACGAAUCGAAUUUGAAAAUUUGUUUAGAGAUUUAUUCAAUGUUCAACAAAAUAUGAAAUUUUUGGAUCAUAUAUCUAAUUGUUAUACCCAUAAAUGGUGGGUUAAACUUAUUGCUGUUAUGAAGCACGUAGUUUGCACCGCUGUUAAACGUUUGAAGAAUCCAAGCGACGAGAAAAAAUUGUCAGAGUGGCGGAACUUGGAAGAUAAGUUGGAUCGUCUCGAAGUACAAUUGAAACAUAAUCGUGCUUUAGCGUUUGCUUUUGUCGAGGGUGCUCUGGUUCGUGCGUUGAGACAAGGUUUUUGGGUUUUACUGGAUGAAAUAAAUUUAGCCUCGGCAGAAACCUUGCAGUGUUUAUCUGGAUUAUUGGAAGAAGAAGGCACUCUAUCUUUAUACGAAAAAGGGGAAUUUGAACCUGUCAAACGGCACCCCCAAUUUAGGCUGAUGGCAGCAAUGAACCCUGCUACGGACGUUGGAAAGAAACAAUUACCUCCGGGGAUUCGUAAUCGAUUCACUGAAUUAUUUGUCGACGAAUUGAUCGAUAUAAGUGAUUUAAUAACUUUGGUGGCGUGUUAUUUGAGAGAGUUGGCAGUUGAUAGAAUGACAGCUAUAGCAAAAUUCUAUCUGAAAGUUAAAAAAGCAGCUUCAUGCAAUUUGAAUGAUGGUACUGGGCAUAAGCCUCAUUACAGUUUACGUACUCUUUGCCGUGCUUUGGCCAUAGUCGCUGCCAAUCCGUGCAAAAAUCUGAACAAAUCUUUAUAUGAAGGAUUCUGUCUAAGUUUUCUCACACAGCUGGAUUUUGAAUCGCACGAAAUGGUCGAGAAAUUGAUUAUCGAGUUCGUUAUCAGAAAAGAUAAUAUACAAAGUGUUCUUAGUCAAAGUAUCCCUGAACCAGAACCAGUGGGACAGUUUGCAUUUUUUGAAGGAUAUUGGAUUCUUAAAGGUCCCAUGGAAAUAAAAGUGCCUUCAAAAUAUAUUCUAACACCAACGGUGAAAAAUAAUUUGAGAGAUCUAGUUCGAAUAGUCUCUUUGAGUAAUCAUCCUGUGUUACUGCAAGGAGAUACAUCUGUGGGUAAAACUAGUCUGAUUUCGUAUUUGGCUGCAGCAUCGGGCAACAAAUGUCUAAGAAUCAAUAAUCACGAGCAUACUGAUCUACAAGAAUACAUUGGUGCAUAUUCAGUUGAUUCAGCUUCGGGUCAAUUACUAUUUAAAGAAGGGGUACUGGUCGAAGCUAUGAGACAUGGUUACUGGAUCAUACUCGAUGAAUUAAAUUUGGCUCCAUCUGAUGUUCUGGAAGCAUUAAAUCGUGUUCUAGAUGAUAAUAGGGAAUUGUAUAUACCAGAAACGCAAACUACUGUAAAAGCAGAUUCAAGAUUUAGACUUUUCGCUACUCAGAAUCCUCCUGGAAUGUACGGAGGUCGAAAAAUGCUGUCCCGCGCUUUUCGAAAUCGUUUUAUUGAACUGCAUUUUGGAGAAAUACCUUCUUCCGAGUUAGAAGUAAUUUUGCAUUUGAGGUGUGAAAUGCCAACAUCUGCCACUAAAAAAAUUGUAGCUGUGAUGAAAGAGUUACAGGCACAUCGCAAAGGUAGUGCUGCUUUUGCUGGUAAACAAGGGUUCAUUACUCUUAGAGAUCUGUUCCGUUGGGGCGAACGUUAUAGAUUAGCGAGUCGUGAAUUGAAUAAAUCUUUUUACGAUUGGGAUCAACAUAUCGCCGAUGAAGGCUACUUGGUAUUGGCUGGUCGUGUUCGGAAAGCCGAAGAAUCAGAAAUCAUCUUAAAAGCAUUGGAAAAACAUCUGAAGAGAAAAGUGAAUGUUGAUAACCUCUUCACAUUAUCUUCGGAAACCUCUACUGUUACAAAGCACAUCUUAGAAGCGAUUAUCAAUAAGAAAGUACCUGGUUUUGAACAUAUUGUAUGGACGUCGAAUUUGAGAAAAUUGGCGGUCCUAGUUGGUAAAGCGUUGGAAUUCCAAGAGCCCGUUUUGAUGGUUGGUGACACUGGAUGUGGCAAAACGACUAUUUGCCAACUUUUAGCUGCGAUGAACAAUCUGAAAUUAUUCUCCGUUAAUUGUCAUCAACAUUCCGAGAGCUCCGAUUUCCUCGGAGGAUUACGUCCUGUGAGACAGCGAAGUGAAAACGAUUCCAGAUUGUUUGAAUGGAUUGAUGGACCUUUAGUCGAAGCCAUGAGAACUGGUCAAAUGUUUCUAGCAGAUGAAAUAUCUCUCGGUGACGACAGCGUUUUAGAAAGAUUGAAUUCCUUGUUAGAACCCGAAAGAACUUUACUAUUGACUGAGAAGACAAGCGGAAACUCAGAAUUAGGAGAAGUAAUAACAGCUCAUGCUAGUUUCCGAUUCUUGAGCACAAUGAAUCCUGGCGGCGAUUACGGUAAAAAAGAACUAUCUCCUGCAUUGAGAAAUCGAUUGACUGAAAUUUGGAGUGAAAGUUGUUCAGAUCGCAAUGAUUUGAUUUCAAUUAUCGAACAUAAUAUUAAAGAUGGAAUAUCGUUUGGUAACCAAGAAGAUGGAAGCACUGGUAUUGGACGUGCGAUUUUAGAUUUCAUUGAAUGGUUUCGUACUCAAGAUAUCGGAAAGAAAAUGUUAUGCAGUAUUCGUGAUAUAAUGUUAUGGGUGAAAUUUAUAAAUACAACGACGUAUGACCAUGAGGAAGAAGUACACGUUAGUUUGAAUACUGUUCCUAAACUUGGUCUUGCAGAAGCGUACAUUCAUGGCGCUCAUCUUGUUUUUCUCGAUGGCUUGGGCACUGGAAUGUCUAGCAAUCAGGAACAAUUCAUCAAAUCAAAAAAACAAGUCGCUACUGAAUUUCUUCAAGAUCAAAUAAAAACUAUCGGUUGCAAAGAAAAUGAUUCAAUGCUAAAUGAAAAAUUCAAUGUACCCGAGAAUUGUUUUGGAAUUCCUCCAUUUUACAUGGAAAAAGGUGACAUACCAGUCAAUGAAAAUUUCAUCUCAUCAAAUUUUACUUUCCACGCCAAAACCACCAGAGGAAAUUUACUUCGAUUAUUACGAUCGCUACAGCUUCCUGGUCGAGCUAUACUUUUAGAAGGAAGUCCUGGUGUAGGUAAAACGAGUCUUGUACAAGCUCUAGCCAAAGCAGCCGGUUAUAAUUUGACUCGGAUCAAUUUAUCGGAGCAAACUGACGUAUCUGAUUUAUUUGGAGCUGAUUUACCAGUCGAUGGAGCAGACGGUGGAGUAUUCGCUUGGCGAGAUGGACCGUUUUUGAAAGCUUUGAAGGAUGGCGAUUGGAUUUUAUUAGAUGAGUUGAAUUUGGCUUCGCAAUCUGUUCUGGAAGGUUUGAACGCUGUACUUGACCAUAGAGGAGAAUUAUUUAUACCCGAACUAGGCAUGUCGUUCACUGUAAACUUGACGAAAACAAGAUUAUUCGCUUGCCAGAACCCUUUACGUCAAGGAGGUGCUAGAAAAGGAUUACCUGCUUCCUUCUUAAACAGAUUUACUCAGGUUUAUAUGGAGACAUUGGAUGAUGAAGAUAUAUCAUUUAUAGUUCAAUCCUUACAUCCCCUAGUGCCAUCAGAUAUCGUUCAACUUAUGACCAAUUUCAAUGGUCGUUUGAGUAAAGAAUGUGGAGUUAAAUGGGGCCUCCGUGGGGCUCCAUGGGAAAUGAAUUUAAGAGAUUUAAUGAGAUGGUGUCAAGUAAUGGAAAAAUAUUCGAAGAAUAAUGGAUACGAUCCGGGUCGUUUUAUUUCUUUAAUUUAUGCCGACCGCAUGCGAACUGUCGAAGAUAAACAACAGGUUCUUUCCAUUUAUGAAAGCAUUUUUGGAGAACGAUAUCCUUAUUUGAGAACAUCUUUACCAUUCAAUGUUACACCUACCGAAGUAACUUUAGGAGAUGUUACACUUCCUAGAACUAGAGAAACUGAAAUUGCUCAAAUUAUCGAUCGAAAUAAUUCGCAUCUUGUUUUACGAAAUCAACUGAAUACUUUGAGAUCGUUGGCUAUUUGUGUGGAGAUGAACUGGUUCGUUAUCUUGGUUGGAAAUAGCGGUAGUGGGAAAACCAGCGUCGUGCAUGUUAUUUCCCAGCUGUGUAAUAAAAAACUGGACGUGUUGUCGGUGAACGCUGCGAUGGAUACGAUGGAAAUUUUGGGAGGUUUUGAGCAGGUGGAUUACAAUCGACGUUUUGAAGAAAUAUGCAGCCUGAUGGAAGAGAUCUUUUUCAUCGUUUUACAAAAACUAAUUUUAAAAAGUGAUUGGAUUGCGGUUGCUGGUCUUUUUGAAUAUUGGAAGGAAUUCAAGUUGGUUGAGAAUAUAGAUGAAACUGGUAAAAAAAAUUCAUCCACUUUAGCCAUCGAAACCGAAGUGUUUAAAAAACGAAUUACCGUUUCAUCCAAGCUUUUAAAACACAUUCGCAAGUACGAAAACUUCACGAGCAAAAUAGAUGGAAUUUUGAGAUCGCUGGAUAAGCUGGAAACCGACAUAGAAAAAAUUGGUAGCCUUAAUUCUGGCGGAAAAUUCGAAUGGGUUGAUAGCGUACUAAUUAAAUGUAUCACAGAAGGUAGAUGGUUACUUGUAGAAAAUGUCAAUCUGUGCAGUCCUGCUAUUUUGGAUCGAUUAAAUGGCUUACUCGAACCAGGUGGAAUUUUAACCCUUGGCGAAAAAGGUGUUGAUAAAGAUGGAAACCUUGUGACCAUCGUUCCGCAUCCAGAUUUCAGGCUUUUUUUCACUAUGGAUCCUCAACGUGGUGAUAUUUCUAGAGCGAUGCGAAACAGAGGGGUAGAAAUAUGGAUGCAACCGGUUGAUGAAGAUUUAAACCAUAAUAUGAUUGAUUUGAUGGCCAUAAUGCGUCAUAACGGUCUCACAUCGUACGCAGCAAUAAGCACGCUUUUGAAAAUGCAUUUUUCCAUGCGCGAAUUAAACAUUGGACUCGAUCAGCUAUCCGUUGGGCAUAUGAUUUACGCGUGUUUUUUGUUCGUACAACAUCACCGUCGACAUGGCAGACCUAUCGAUGAAACUUUCAAAAUUGUUUGCGAAGAUGUUUAUUUAAAAUCUCGUUCGUUGAGUUACGAUCAACAAGAAAUCGUAUCGAAUGUCAUAUCGGAAGUAUUAAAUUCGAACGAAAUCAUCCCUGAAAUAUGUCCAUUUUAUCUCACUUCCAAUACUCAAAACUUACAAUUCAAUUCAACAUUUUACAUCGUACAGCAGCAGUCUGCUCUGGUAUCACUAUUUGGUCACGCAGCAUCGGAAAAAUACUCUUCCAAUUUGAGCGAAUUAUUGUUCGGCAAAUUACCAGUUUCGGACGGUUUUCGAAAGAUAUUCGACGUAUCUGGCGUUAAUAUGGAGAACCUAUUGUUAUACAGUGUAUUAAAAUUAUACGACGAAACGCUAGUACACGAUGUGAAAUAUCGACAUUUUCUGAUAGAAGAGUUGACGAAGAGGGCUGAUUUGAUUGCCCUGAGUGAAAAUUUGUCGAGUGUUAUAGCCGGCGGGUUUGGAACAGCUUACAAUACGUCGUUGAAUUCGCAAAGAAUACCCGUGUUCCGGGGUAUGGUCAAUGAUACGGUUAAUAGGAUUUCAUUGUUAAUGAAUUAUCUGGUACUGAAACAUCGAUGCGUACAAUUGAAUUGUUGUUAUUCGUUGGAGAAUGAACUGAUGGAUGUAAAUUUGAGACAAUAUUCUAAAGCGUGUAUAACAGGCAACGUUCCCGUUAAAAAAGUUACCGAAGAAUUAAUUGCCAGCCAAUUCGAUAUCUUGAAUGUGAAAAUUAACGAUUAUUUUGUCUUCGUUUUGAACAACGAAUCGAUUUUGGUUGAUGAACAAGUGUACGCGACGUUCCUGAAAACGUUACAAUACUACAAUAAAUUUACCAAAUUAGGAGACGUACCUUUCUUCUCACGUUCUUCAUUAAGUAUCAAUAGACAGGCUUUGAGCUACUUACGAAUACAGUUUAAAUGGCUGAUGAAAUGGAUAAGAAGGUUGACAGUUCAGAUUGAAUCACGGUUUCCUACCUUGAGUCAAGCGAGUGAGGUUCGAGCACUGUUCGAUAGUGUUAAACAGAUAGAAGAGUCGUCCGAUUUUACCUUUGUCGCUUUGUUGUCAUUUUCUAAACAAUUAAAAGCCAAAAUGGGACAGCCAGAUAUCAAAGACUUUGAAACAGAAACAUUCGAAACUGAUAAUUGGUUUUGUUCGAAUCGUUCCGAAAUUGAUCGUAAAAAAUUCAUCGCCUACUUGUGUGGCUCCACUCAAGAUAAAACAGAGUCUUGCACCGAAUACGAUCAAAGUAUGGAAGUUGUAGAGGAGGACAUGAAAAUGCUGGAAGAUCAAAACCGUACCUCUCAAAAUGAAACCUAUCAAGAUUCGAAACACCCUUUCGAUAUUUUACCUAUUUUCGAAGCACUCUAUAUGAAAAUUGAAACCAAUUACAAAACCCAUAUUUUUGGUCAAAUUGCGUCUCUGGAAAAUAGCGAUUCUUCGUUCGAAACAAACGUGGCCUCAAAAAUGUUACCUUACGUAAAUAAAUUGCCUUUCAUUUCUCCAAACUAUGUGUCGAAUAUCCAAAAUUCUCUGCUGAGCGAUGUUUCGAGAAAUGGAUUAAAAAUGAAAUGGUUUUGUCAUCUUUUGAAACACCUGCAAUCGUUUACAACUUUUUCUUAUGAAAAAUAUUUGAGGUAUAGAAAAGAAAAAGCCGAUUCGGAGGAAUCUGAUGAUUCUAUGGCAAAUAAUGACCUGCUUCCAUUCCAUUAUCCAACUAUUGCCACUUUUGGAAAUGAAUUCGUGUUCAUGUUCAAUCAACGUGUUUGUUUGCCUACAAUCUAUACACCUUCGAUGAGAAAUCUUCAAGUUUAUAAGAUCAUGAUGAAUCAGUUGAAAGAAUUUUUAUGGAAAAAUUCUGCUUAUAUUUCGCAGUCAAAAGCAUCUUAUUUAUACAAUGAAGUGCAAAGUAUUCGAUACCAGUUUAAUUAUUUGAUAUUCUGCUUACGCGGAAUUUUCGAACUGAAUAAUGACCUUCCCUGUUCUGCGGAGUCGAUUGACGAAAUUAUACAACACUUGAAAGAUCUUGUCAAACGUAAAAGAAUAAUUGAAAGCGGAGUUGCUUUUAAAGAAUUUGAACUUAUUGAUAUCAUCAGUAAUAAUCUGAAAGAAGUUUAUGGAUUGUUGGAAAAAAUAAGUGAUUCAGAUGAAACGUGGAUCACUCUAGGAAAAAGUUGGAUUGCUAUUGGAGUUAUUCAAUUGUUAUUGUACUCCAUUUUCGAUUUGGUUGAUCCGGUUCAAAAGAUACGGUUUAAGAAGUUGAACUAUGAAGACGAUUCGGAGUACGUACGAUGUCGUCUAAUGCUAGAAAAAAUAUCGGAAGUUUUGCUCGGGUAUAACACUGGUUUCCCCUACGAAGAUUUAUACAAAAAAUGGCAAGUUGAGAUUUCUGAAAAAAUCGAAACCUUCCCCAAUGAUGUAAUCAUGAGAGAUGAAAUAGAAAAAUACUACAAUAUCGUUAAAGAUGUUGAACAAUUUAAAAACAGUAUCGGUUCGUUGAAAUCAAUUUCCAAAAUAUAUUCGAAGAUUUUGCAUUACAUAGAAAAUCUAAAAAGCUUCAAUUUCGAAAAAGAAGUCAUUUCUGGUGCUCAUUUGACCAUUAGAGAAUGUACAGUUUGGUUGGACUCCGUCGAGCAUUUUUUGAAUUCACUUAACGAGAAAUAUGUAGAGUACGCUGAUGUUAUUACACCGAUUACUUACGCUAUUAUGCAGGUUACCUGCGGAAUCCAGAUUCUAUCUUCAUAUUUGUCGAAAAAUAUUUCCGUCUGUCGAUCUCUCGUAAUAUUAUCAUCCAAUGAUACGAAUACAGUUCAAAACCUCUGCUUGAAUUUAUGUUCAUUCCCUCAGUCUAAUCUUUCAAAAGUGUACAAUUUGGUUGAGCUUUGCUUUUCUGAAAAAGUUGUCGAGCUUUUAGCUCACAACAAAUCGGAAAAAUUCGGCUCCACGACUGUUACAAUGAAAUUGACUAGUAGCUGUUUGAAGGAAUUUUGUUGCUUAUUAUCCGUAAUCAAAAACACCGAUGGAAAAAUGAAGCGAGAUAUUUGGAAUACCAUUCGACAGUUGUUGAAUCGAGUUGUGUAUUUAUGGAAAGUACAGGAAGAAAAACGUGAAGAAACUCAACAACAAGAGGAUAGUCUAUAUCUCUUCAGAACAAGAACAUUAUGCGAAACUGUACCAGAAGAAGAAGAAAACAAAAUCCAAAUUCAACGGUUCUUUGCACCUUCAUAUAAUGAAGAUUUUGACACCGAGCCUACCCUUGAAGAAAAAGAGUCUACGAAAGAAUCGAAAAAACCUGAAAUUCUGUUGACGGAUGAUGAUCUUACAGAAAUUUGUACUAUGCAUUCACACUUGGCGAAAAAAUUCACCUGUAAAAGCUGGUUACGUCCAGAAAGUGAAUGUGAUACGUAUUCAUACAUUUUGGACUCAUUUUAUGAUCGAUAUUGUGUCUUUGCUGCGGUACUGAAGGAUUAUCAUUCCGCAAUGGAUGAGAUUAUUGACUCGAUUUCAUUGCCGGGUGCCAUUCUGAUGACUUGCAAGGCCCAAAAGUUCUCAUCUUAUGUUGAAGAUUUUCAAGAUUUUUACCAUAAUUCAGACGUUGAUGAGGUGUACUCGUUUUAUCCUAUUUUAAUUAAAGUGAAAGAGCAUACGGAAAAUUUGCUCAAAUCUUGGGAAGAUAAUCCUGUUCUGUUGAAGAUCGUAGAAACCGUUGAAAGAAUAAUGUCUUUCGAAGUGACGAGUCCAGUUUCACGUUUCCUGACUGGAGCUGAUGUUUUAUUACAAAAAUUACACGAAUGGGAGGAAGUUGCUCAUCAUGGCGUAUCUUUCACGAAAAUCUAUGAAAAUUUGACCGGACUAAUUUUCAAAUGGAGAAAAAUGGAAAUUUCUUAUUGGAAAAAUGCGCUCGAAAAUGUGGCUUCUAGAAUGAAAAAGAAAACUAGUAAAUGGUGGUUCCAUUUAUACACAGUCUGCUGCCAAUACUUGGAAAACUCAGAUAAUCAAUGUUCUUUCGAAGUGCUAGUGUCAGCUUUCCAAAAAUUUAUCGAGACUUCGGCCCUCGGAGAAUUUGAUGCCAAAUUAAACUUAUUGUUUGUUUUUCAUUGUCAUUAUGCCAAUCAAACCAGCAGCAAUUCUAGACUGAGUUCAUUAUGUAACUGUUUGUGGAAUCUGUACUCGUAUUACAAACAAUUCGAAGCUCAAAUUUCUGCUCAUAUUCAUAAACUUAGCGUUGAUGUUCGCAAAAAUCUCCAGAAUUUUGUUAAAAUCACUCGUUGGAAUGAUAUUAAUUACUGGUCCAUUAUGAAAACUGUGGAGAAAACUCACGAGCAAUUGAUGAAAUAUAUUAAACAAUUUCAAAAAAUUUUAGAAACUCCGGUUCAAAGCGGUAUGAACCAUAUUCCUAAUACGGAAAAAACUAUUGAGUUAGAUGUUGAUAAUCUUUCGUUUGUAUUUAAAACAUCAUUACCGGAAAAUUUUUCGGUUGAUUAUGCGGAGUUCAACAAAUUUGUCACAAAAUCUAAAAAAUUGUGUAAAACUGUUAUUCUUUCGUCAAAAUAUGAUAUUUUGACUAAAUCUAUGAAAGAUUUUACCAAUUCUAUUCACGAAGAUAUUGCAAUCAUCAAUAGGAUGGACAUUGACACCUCCCUGGAAAAAGAAAAACAACGCUCUCAAGCUAAACAUUUAUUACAACAGAAGAGGAAAACGAUGGCGGAUUUAUUCCGUACUUUAUCACGUUUGGGUAUUUCCUACAGAACUGGAAUUAUUGUCUGCAGAAAUCGAAAUUUUUCGAUUGAAUUCACUAGCAUGAAACCAAUUGAUAUUGGACUUUCAUAUUCUGUGUUUUUGAAGAAUGCUGCUGAUGAUGUAUUGAUUAAUUUAUGGAGUGGUUGUGAAGAAAAUUUCCUUUGUUCGGUGUCCAAACAAUCCCAACUGAGUACAACGUUGGAAAAGCCACAUCAAGAUUUAGGCCCUCAGAUUGUUGACAGAUUGAAAGGAUUUGCCAGUCACUUAUUGGAUAUCGCAAUCAAACAGAAGGAGAAUUUAUUCGAAUGCAGCGAAAAUUUGUUGAAUUUGAAAGUAUACGAAUCGAUAUUACCUGAGUUGUUCCAAGAAAACUGUAUCAUUGGUCACGAGAAUGCUAUUAUUUUGAAAGAUAAAUUCAUUCGUACUGUUAACGAAAUCAUCUAUUUUCUUCAUCAGUUCCUAGUUGUGUUGGAUUGCUGCCCUUCCACCGACUCUGAAUCGGUUCCUUUUUUGAAACUGAAAGAUAACGAUGGUCCUAUAUUAUAUGCUACAAAAUCUAGUCCACUAUGGAAAGAAAUUCGCGAUAAAGUGGAAACGCAUUUAAGAAGUUUGAAUGCAUUACAAAAUCGAUUCUUUUUAAAAAUAAUUUCUACACUAAAAAGUUCCAAAGUGUACGAUAAAAUGAUUACAAAGCAUCAAUAUGAAGUCAUAAUGAACUGUGACCGAGAGUUCAAUGAUCUCCUACAAGAUUUGAGUUUCAUUAAAUCGUCAUUUUGUUGCCAAGAUUACGACCAGUCUAAUUCACUGUUAGGAGGAAUAGAAGAAGUAGAACGGAUGUUGAUGGAUUUAUUAAAAGCCAAGAAUGAUUUCCAUACUCCAGACGCUGAUGCCAGUUGUGAUACCAACACCUGUGAAAAGAAACUGGAAAACUUAAGGAAGAAGAUUCUGCUUAGUGUUCAGAAAGUCUUCAAAAAGCAUACUGCUGAUAAAGAAAAUUUUGGGGCCGGUUGUGAUGAUGAAGCGAAUCCUAUUAGAGAAAAUCAUCUGAAAGAUGAAUUAAUAAAAUCAUUGGACGAAUAUAUUGCAACAUUGGACGUUAAGAAUGUGUCCAAACGUGUUUUUGGUCUGAUUAAUCAAUUUCUGCAAACAAAUUUCGAUAAUUCGACAAAGAAGAGGCUGCUUGAACCGCUGGUACCUUUGUUAAACCAGUAUACUUUAUUGGCUGAAUUUAUAACCGCACAAUAUCUUUCUACCUAUAAACUGACAACCAAAUUGUGUUCAAAUCUGCUGAGUCUAUUCACCGAUCUCUCUACUAAGGGUUUUUGCAUUCCAACCGAACUGCUUGAAGAAGAACAAGACGGUAAAACAUCUCAAGAUAAAAAUGGUAUGGGAUUGGAAGAUGGCGAAGGUAUUAAAGAUGUUUCUGAUGAGAUUGAAAGUCAAGAUCAGUUGGAAGGUGCUCAGCAAGCGGGCCAAGAGGAAAAACAAGAGGAUAAAGAUUGUAAAGAGGAGGAAAAAGGAAUCGAAGUAUCCGACGAUUUUGGAGGUCGUUCCCAAGACUUGGAGAAAAAAGACGAUGAAAAUGAUAGCGACGAAGAUGACGGAGACGAAGACGAGCUUGAUAAAGAAAUGGGAGAAACUGGUGAAGAAGCUGAAAGUCUGGAUCAACAGAUUUGGGGUAGCGAUUCUGAAAAUGAAGAAGACGAAGAAGGAGAAGGAAAAGAAUCUAAUGAACAUGAUGAUCGCGGUGAGCAGACAGGUCCUAAAGAACUCGGAGCCAAAGAUGAGAGAACUAAGGAAACUGAAGAGGGUGGCGCUGACGAUAAUGAUCAAAACGAAAAAGAACAGCAGAAAGAGAUCAAUGAAAUGGAUGAAAACCAAAAAGAUGAAGAUCAUAUUGAUCCGUACCAUGGCAAACAAGAACCCCCUCCAGAACCAGAACCGUUUGAUUUACCCGAUAACCUAGAAAUUAAUGAAGAAGGCAAAGAUGAUGAUGGACAGGAUGAAGAAAAUCCGUUUGAUAUCGAUGCUAUGAAAGAGCAAAAAGUAUCUGAGGAUUUACCUAAUGAGACUGAGGAGCAAGGUGAUGAAAAAGAUGAAGAAACAAAAGAACCUGAAUUGAACAAUGAAAGUGACGACGACGAUGAUGUGGGUACGAAGAAAGACGACAAAAAAUCCGAUGAAAUCGAAGGCGAAGAAAAUGACGAAGCUGAGAAAGAAGAAGAGAAAUCUGAUGGCGGUGCAAAAGAUGAAGAUAAGAUUGGAGAUGAACCUAAACCUGAUGAAACACCAGGAAAAGAUGAGGAAGAAGCUGCAAAGCCUUCAGAGGAAACUCCCAGCGAAAAUCCCGCGCAAGCUGCUGAAAACAGCGAGACUGGUUCUAAAGAUACGGUGAGUAAAUUACCAGAAGAAAACAAUCAAAAGCCUGAAGAAGAAAAACGACACGAUACCACAGGUGUCGAGCAACAAGGAGUAGGAAAAGCUGACGAAGCAGAGAAAAAUACAAAAGAAGGACACUCCAGUGAGCAAGACAAAGGCACUGAAAGUCGGGAAAAAGGCAAUAAAGAGCAAAAACGAAAACUGAAACCGGGAGAAAGUGACAUGAAUCGCAGUCUAGCUGAAGCGAACGAAUCAGCUAGAAAAAGAUUGAAAACGAUCGACUCUCGAGAAAAUCAGCAAACCGAAGAAGAUGAAGCUGUAGAUGAAUCUGAAGGUGCGAAUAACGAAGCCGAUUUGUAUCAACAUAUCAAAGAAUCUGAGAAAGGUACAACUGAAACCAUUGAUGCUGCAACUAAGGAACAAGCUGAAAAACAACCGAUUGUUGAUGAAAAAGGAGAAGAACUGAAAGAAGACGAAGAUGUAGAGAUGCACGAAAGCGAUGAAGAAUGCAAUAAAGAUGAUAUAAUGGAGCAAAAUCCUGAUAAGAUUAUAAGUUCAAAGAAAGACAAUAAAAGAAAUAAUAUUGAGGGAGAAGUUGUGGAUGAUCAAACUGAAGUGGACGAAGUAAAAGUGGAAGGUGAUUACGUAGAAACUAUGACAGUCGAACGAGGAUUUGAAACAACAUUUCACACUCAAGAACACGAAGAUGAGGAAAAACGGCAUGAAUUAACCAUAGAGUAUAUAGAAUCUUUGAAAAAUAAAGUACAGGAGCAGUUAUCUACGUGGAACCAGACUCCCGCAUUAGAAGAAGCUUCUACCGCUUGGGAAAUGUUUUCUGCGAUAACAUCUAAUUUGUCUCAAGAACUUAGUGAACAGUUACGAUUAGUUUUAGAACCGACGCUUGCCUCCCGGUUAAGAGGUGAUUUUCGGACAGGACGUAGAAUUAAUAUGAGAAAGGUUAUUCCUUACAUCGCUAGUCAAUUUAGGAAAGAUAAAAUCUGGCUUCGUAGAACAAAACCAUCUAAGAGAGAAUAUCAAAUUAUACUCGCAAUCGAUGAUUCUUCCAGUAUGGCUGACAAUCAUUCGAAAGAGCUCGCGUUUGAAUCGGUGGCUCUUGUUAGUAAAGCAUUGAAUUUAAUAGAAGCUGGUGAACUAGGUGUAAUUAGUUUCGGCGAAAAGACUCGUAUCUUACAUCCCUUGGGAGAACCAUUCACUACGCAGACUGGCGCAAAAUUAAUCAGAGAUUUCACGUUCGAUGAAGUGCAAACGAAAAUUGCCGAUGCUAUUCACGCAGCAAAUGGCAUAUUUUUAACCAGAGGAAGUAGUAAUCAUGCGAUAAAAUCGGCGCAAUUAUUGGUCAUCGUAUCAGACGGUCGUGGCAUCACGGGCGAAGGAGUAUCAACCGUAAAAUCGGCUGUCAGAACAGCUAAACAAGCUGGAAUAUUCGUCGUUUUUAUUAUAAUAGAUAAUCCUAACGCAAAGAAUUCCAUUUUGGAUAUACGAAUGCCCAUAUUUCAAGGUAAUAAGCUGAUGGGAAUUCAAAAUUACAUCGAUAAUUUCCCUUUUCCUUUCUAUUUGCUUCUACGUGAUAUUAAUAAAUUACCUGGUGUUCUAAGCGAUGCCCUCAGACAAUGGUUUGAACUGGUUAUUAGUUCUAACGAUUAAUUGUCAUGUGAUUAUUUUAGAUUAUUAUUAUAGAAUACAUGUGUAAUUGUGUACCAACUAUCUACCUAGCAUACAAUAUUAUUGUUUUAUUUAUGUAUUUUUUUCAUUUUUUAAUUACGAAUUUUGUUUGAAUAUUUUAAAUUGAUUUGUCAAUUCAUUUUUUAAUAUAAUUGUUGGAAAGAAUA